GGGGUGGAGUUAAAACUGUAUAAAGGGAGGAGUGAUUACAUUUAGAGUAGGCUGCAGAGGCUGAGAAACGAAAGGAUAUUUGCACCUGAAAAAGUUUUGCAAUACAGAUCUGUAAAGGAUUACUGAAAGUAGAGAGGAUAGCACUGCAAUAUUUUGUUUGUGACCACUUACAUCAAGAAAUCGGAGACAACAAUGGAGCAGAAAGACGGAGCUGCUCAUGGUUCAGCUGCACUGGAGGGGGAAAGGAAAUGUCCCCUUGGUGAUCGUCACAUCCAUAGAGAUGACGUGAGACAGGUUUGGAAAGAAUGCCAGAAUGAAAGCUUCUGGUACAGAGCUCUUCCCCUCUCUGUGGGUAGCAUGGCUGUCACAUGGGGUCUCAUCUACAAUGGCAUCUGGAAGGCAUCAAAGCGAUUUGGUCCCUUUCCGAAAAUGGCAGUGGCUGGGAUCCUUGGUUAUGCAGUAGGGAAGGCAUCCUAUGUCAGAACUUGCCAAAGCAAAUUCCAGGCACUUGGUCUGGGGUUUGGACCAGGAUUUGGACCUGGCCCCAGGCGUUUUGGACCAGUUCACAGCAAUGGCUCUGGACACAGAUUCUGCCCACAUGUGUGUGAUGAGUGUAAGAAAGAGGAUCAAACUGCACCUGCAGAAAAAGUGCAAAACUAAUGCCUGGACUGACUCACCGCUGGAGAUAACUUGCAGCUUGUUAUGUCUGAACAUUGUAAUAAACACUGCAUAUCAUUUGCCCAAAGAUUUAUAUUUUUGAUCUGAUACCUUACUUUGUGACACACCAUAAACAUUCGGGUGAGGUCGUGCAAGGCGCUACCACAAGGGAGAGCCACCAGUCUUUCACAGUGACAGCUCUGUCCAGAUUUAAGUAUUGUAGAAAGACAUGGAGUGUGUUUCCAGUUUUGUCUGUGGGAGUGUGAGGCCACAUUUCCAAGCUGCGAAUGUAAUUACCAAAUCAUUAGGUUUAAUUAUCAGCUACAUUGUACUUUUGCAGGGCAGUCUAAUUAAAUGUAAUGACAUGAAAUAUUGAAUGUCUAUUGCUGGUUACAGUAUAUGUUGUUUUCAGCAAUAAAACCCUCUUCAUACAACUGA